AUGUCGCUUGAAUACGAGAAGGAUCCAGGAUGGCAAUACUUGAAGAGAUCCAGAGAGCAACAGCUCGCUGACCAAUCUCGCCCAUACGACUCCAAGAAGAACGUAUGGAUUCCGGAUCCAGAGGAAGGAUACAUUGAGGGAGAGAUCAAGGGACCCGGACCAAAAGCCGACACCGUCAUCGUCACCGCCGGAGGAAAAGAUGUGACCCUGAAGAAGGACAUCGUUCAAGAGAUGAAUCCACCAAAGUUCGAGAAAACCGAAGACAUGUCCAACUUGACCUUCCUCAACGACGCCUCCGUCUUGUGGAACUUGCGUUCGCGUUACGCCGCCAUGCUUAUCUACGUAAGUCUCUUUUUUUUGCUCUCAGUUUUUCGGCGUUUUGGGAUAAAGAGAGAGUUGUUGGAUAGACAAACAGUGUGCGCACCCACGCAAAAAACCUAUUCCGGACUCUUCUGUGUCGUCAUCAACCCAUACAAACGUCUUCCAAUCUACACCGACUCUGUUGCUCGUAUGUUCAUGGGCAAGCGUCGUACCGAGAUGCCACCUCACUUGUUCGCCGUCUCUGACGAGGCCUACCGUAACAUGCUCCAAGACCACGAGAACCAGUCUAUGCUCAUUACCGGAGAAUCUGGAGCCGGAAAGACUGAGAACACCAAGAAGGUUAUUGCCUACUUCGCCACCGUCGGAGCCUCCCAAAAGGCUCAGCCAAAGGAAGGAGAGAAGACAGUCACCCUCGAGGACCAAAUCGUCCAAACCAAUCCAGUGUUGGAGGCUUUCGGUAACGCCAAGACUGUCCGUAACAACAACUCUUCCCGUUUCGGAAAGUUCAUCCGUAUUCACUUCAACAAGUACGGAACCCUCGCUUCCUGCGAUAUUGAACAUUGUGAGUUUACCCUUAUGAGACCCAAAAAGCUGAAGUUAUUUUUCCAGACCUUCUCGAGAAAUCUCGUGUCAUCCGUCAAGCUCCAGGAGAGCGUUGCUACCACAUUUUCUACCAAAUCUUCUCGGACUUCAAGCCACAGCUUCGCAACGAGCUUCUUCUUGACAAGCCAAUUGCGGACUACUGGUUCGUCGCCCAGGCUGAGUUGCUCAUCGAUGGUGGGUCCCAGUUUAAGAACUUACUCCCAAUCAAUUGAUUUUACAGGAAUCGAUGACACUGAAGAGUUCCAGUUGACCGACGAGGCCUUCGAUGUCCUCAAAUUCUCGGAGACCGAGAAGAUGGAUUGUUAUAGACUCAUGUCAGGUCAUAUGCACAUGGGUAACAUGAAGUUCAAGCAACGCCCACGCGAGGAGCAAGCCGAGCCAGAUGGUCAAGAUGAGGCCGAGAAGGCAUGCGCCAUGUUCGGAGUUGAUGCCGAUCAAUUCUUGAAGGCUUUGGUCUCCCCAAGAGUCAAGGUCGGAACCGAAUGGGUGUCCAAGGGACAGAACGUCGAUCAAGUUCACUGGGCCAUCGGAGCCAUGGCUAAGGGUCUCUACGCUCGCGUAUUCAACUGGCUCGUCAAGAAAUGUAACCUCACUCUUGACCAGAAGGGAAUUGACCGUGAUUACUUCAUCGGAGUACUCGAUAUCGCUGGAUUCGAAAUCUUCGACUUCAACUCCUUCGAACAGUUGUGGAUCAACUUUGUCAAUGAGAAGCUCCAACAAUUCUUCAACCAUCACAUGUUCGUCCUCGAGCAGGAAGAGUACGCCCGUGAGGGUAUUCAAUGGACCUUCAUUGAUUUCGGUCUCGAUCUCCAGGCUUGUAUCGAGCUCAUUGAGAAGCCACUUGGUAUCAUCUCUAUGCUCGAUGAGGAGUGCAUUGUGCCAAAGGCUACUGAUAUGACUUUGGCCCAGAAGCUUACCGAUCAACAUCUUGGAAAGCAUCCAAACUUCGAGAAGCCAAAACCGCCAAAGGGAAAGCAAGGAGAAGCUCACUUCGCCAUGCGGCACUACGCCGGAACUGUCCGUUACAACGUGUUGAACUGGCUCGAGAAGAACAAGGAUCCUCUCAACGACACCGUUGUCUCAGUCAUGAAGGCUUCCAAGAAGAACGACCUUCUUGUCGAGAUCUGGCAAGACUACACCACUCAAGAAGAGGCCGCCGCUGCUGCCAAGUCUGGAGGAGGACGUAAAGGAGGAAAGUCUGGAUCCUUCAUGACUGUCUCCAUGAUGUACAGAGAGUCCCUCAACAAGCUCAUGACUAUGCUCCACAAGACUCAUCCACAUUUCAUCCGUUGUAUCAUUCCAAACGAGAAGAAACAAUCCGGAAUGAUCGAUGCUGGACUCGUUCUCAAUCAGCUUACCUGUAACGGAGUGUUGGAAGGAAUCAGAAUUUGCAGAAAGGGAUUCCCUAACAGAACUCUUCAUCCAGACUUCGUCCACCGUUACGCUAUCCUUGCCGCCAAGGAAGCGAAGUCAUCUGAUGACCCGAAGACCGCUGCUGGAGCCAUCCUCCAAUCCCUCAUCAACGCCAAAAAGCUCAACGACGAGCAAUUCAGAAUCGGACACACUAAGGUCUUCUUCAAGGCUGGAGUCGUUGCCCAUAUUGAAGACUUGAGAGACGAGAAGCUUAACCAGAUCAUCACUGGAUUCCAAUCCGCCAUCCGUUGGUACACUGCCACCGCUGACGCUGGAGCCAGACGUAAGCAACUCAACUCGUACAUCAUUCUUCAACGCAACAUCCGCUCCUGGUGCGUCCUCCGUACCUGGGAUUGGUUCUUGUUGUUCGGAAAGAUCCGACCACAACUCAAGUGCGGAAAGAUGGCCGAGGAGAUGGCCAAGAUGGCCGAAGAACAGAAGGUUCUCGAAGUUGAAGCCAAGAAGGCCGAAGCUGCCAGAAAGGCUCAAGAAGAGGCCUACGCCAAGUUGUCCGCCGAGAGAUCCAAACUCUUGGAAGCCCUCGAACUCACCCAAGGAGGAUCCGCUGCUAUUGAGGAGAAGCUCACCCGCCUCAACAGUGCCCGUCAAGAAGUCGAGAAGUCUCUCAAUGAUGCCAACGACAGACUUUCCGAGCACGAGGAGAAGAAUGCUGAUCUUGAGAAGCAACGCAGAAAGGCCCAACAAGAAGUUGAGAACUUGAAGAAGUCCAUCGAAGCCGUCGACGGAAACUUGAGCAGAUCUCUCGAAGAGAAAGCCGCCAAGGAAAACCAAAUCCGUUCCCUUCAAGAUGAGAUGAACUCUCAGGAUGAGACCAUCGGAAAGAUCAACAAGGAGAAGAAGCAUCUCGAGGAGAACAAUCGUCAACUCAUCGACGAUCUUCAAGCCGAGGAAGCCAAGCAAGCUCAAGCUAACAGACUUCGUGGAAAGCUCGAGCAAACUUUGGACGAAAUGGAAGAGGCUGUUGAGAGAGAGAAGAGAAUCCGAGCUGAGACUGAGAAGUCGAAGAGAAAGGUUGAGGGAGAGCUCAAGGGAGCUCAAGAAUCCAUCGAUGAGCUCACCGCUAUCAAGUUGGAAGCUGAUGCUUCCCUCAAGAAGAAGGAGGCUGAUAUCCAUGCUCUUGGAGUCAGAAUCGAAGAUGAGCAAGCUUUGGCUAACAGACUUACCCGACAAUCCAAGGAAAAUGCUCAACGCAUCAUCGAAAUCGAGGACGAGCUUGAGCACGAAAGACAAUCCAGAUCCAAGGCCGAUCGUGCCCGCGCUGAGCUUCAACGCGAGCUUGAUGAGCUCAACGAGAGACUCGAUGAGCAAAACAAGCAACUCGAGAUCCAACAAGAGAAUAACAAGAAGAAGGACUCUGAAAUCAUCAAGUUCCGCAGAGAUCUCGAUGAGAAGAACAUGGCCAACGAAGACCAGAUGGCCAUGAUCCGCAGAAAGAACAACGACCAGAUCCAAGACUUGACCAACACUUUGGAUGCUCUUCAGAAGGGUAAGGCCAAGAUUGAGAAGGAGAAGGGAGUCCUCCAAAAGGAAUUGGAUGACAUCAACGCUCAAGUCGACCAAGAGACCAAGUCCCGUGUUGAGCAAGAACGUCUCGCUAAGCAAUACGAGAUCCAAGUUGCUGAGCUCCAACAGAAGGUUGACGAGCAGACCAGACAGAUCACCGAGUUCACCUCCACCAAGGGAAGACUCUCCAACGAUAACUCUGAUCUUGCCCGCCAGGUCGAAGAGCUCGAGAUCCACUUGGCCACCAUCAACCGCGCCAAGACCGCCUUCUCUUCUCAACUCGUUGAGGCUAAGAAGGCCGCCGAGGACGAGCUCCAUGAGCGUCAAGAGUUCCAUGCUGCCUGCAAGAACUUGGAGCACGAACUCGACCAGUGCCACGAGUUGCUCGAGGAGCAAAUCAACGGAAAGGACGACAUCCAACGUCAACUCUCCAGAAUCAACUCCGAAAUCUCGCAAUGGAAGGCCAGAUACGAGGGAGAAGGAUUGGUUGGAUCCGAGGAGUUGGAGGAGCUCAAGAGAAAGCAGAUGAACAGAGUUAUGGACCUCCAGGAGGCUCUCUCUGCUGCUCAAAACAAGGUCAUCUCCUUGGAGAAGGCCAAGGGAAAACUUUUGGCCGAGACCGAGGACGCUCGUUCCGAUGUCGACCGUCACUUGACUGUCAUCGCUUCCCUCGAGAAGAAGCAACGCGCCUUUGAUAAGAUUGUUGAUGACUGGAAGAGAAAGGUUGAUGAUAUCCAGAAGGAGAUCGAUGCCACCACCCGUGACAGCCGUAACACCUCCACCGAAGUCUUCAAACUACGCUCAUCCAUGGACAACCUCAGCGAGCAAAUCGAGACUCUCAGACGCGAGAACAAGAUCUACUCCCAGGAAAUCCGCGACAUCAACGAGCAAAUCACCCAAGGAGGACGUACCUACCAGGAAGUCCACAAGUCCGUCCGUCGUCUCGAGCAAGAAAAGGAUGAGCUCCAACACGCUCUCGACGAGGCCGAAGCUGCUCUUGAAGCCGAGGAGAGCAAGGUUCUCCGUCUUCAAAUCGAAGUUCAACAGAUCCGUUCCGAGAUCGAGAAGAGAAUCCAAGAGAAGGAGGAGGAAUUCGAGAACACUCGCAAGAACCACCAACGUGCCCUCGAAUCCAUUCAGGCUUCCCUCGAAACAGAGGCCAAAAGCAAGGCGGAACUCGCCAGAGCCAAAAAGAAGUUGGAGACCGACAUCAACCAACUGGAGAUCGCUUUGGAUCAUGCCAACAAGGCCAACGUUGACGCCCAAAAGAAUUUGAAGAAGCUCUUCGACCAAGUCAAGGAGCUUCAAGGACAAGUCGACGAUGAGCAAAGAAGACGUGAGGAGAUCCGUGAGAACUAUUUGGCCGCCGAGAAGAGACUUGCCGUCGCUUUGUCCGAAUCCGAGGAUCUUGCCCACCGUAUCGAUGCCUCUGAGAAGCACAAGAAGCAAUUGGAGAUCGAACAGGCUGAGCUCAAGUCAUCCAACACCGAGCUCAUUGGAAACAACGCUGCUCUUUCUGCCAUGAAGAGAAAGGUCGAGAACGAGGUUCAAAUCGCUAGAAACGAAUUGGACGAGUACUUGAACGAGUUGAAGGCUUCCGAGGAGCGUGCCCGCAAGGCCGCUGCCGACGCUGACCGUCUUGCCGAGGAGGUUCGUCAAGAGCAAGAGCACGCCGUGCACGUCGACAGACAACGCAAGUCGCUCGAGCUCAACGCCAAGGAACUCCAGGCCAAGAUUGAUGACGCCGAGCGUGCCAUGAUCCAAUUCGGAGCCAAGGCUCUGUCGAAGGUCGAGGAACGUGUGCGAAGCGUGGAAGCCGAGUUGCACUCCGAGCAACGCAGACAUCAAGAGGCUGUGAAGGGAUUCACCAAGCAGGAGAGACGCGCUCGUGAGCUUCAAUUCCAGGUCGAGGAGGACAAGAAGGCGUUCGACAGACUCCAGGAGAACGUCGAGAAGCUCCAACAGAAGAUUCGCGUCCAGAAGAGACAAAUCGAAGAGGCGGAAGAGGUCGCCACCCAGAAUCUGUCCAAAUUCCGACAGAUCCAACUCGCUCUCGAGAAUGCCGAAGAGCGUGCCGAGGUCGCCGAGAACUCGCUGGUCCGCAUGCGCGGACAAGUUGUUCGCUCGGCUACCGCCAAAAAUCAAUUUGACCUUUUUGUUCAAUCUCAAAAAAUUAAAAUCCACAAAAAAAAUCUAUCCCAUCAAAAAAACGGUGUGUUUUCCAAGAGAAAUAAAGUUAAUUUCUGGGAAAAAUGGACGUGGGCACUUGGGUUCAAGCGAGGGGGUCAGAAAGAGCGCCCCAGUAAAUUUAGGAAAAAUUCUAAAUUCGCUGACGAAUUUCGUUGGCUGAGUUUCACAGUUUUAAAUGAAGAGCGGAAAAGCAAGCGGAAAUUUGAAAGAUGUCAGAAUGGGGGAAGAAUAAACAGAACAAUGCGCGAAUUCGGGUUUUUGCCAUCAGAAGUCAGAAAACAUUGUCACAUGUCCGAGUACAACAAAAAAAUCUAG